AGAAGAGAGAAUUUUCCCCUUACCAGUUGCAGUUUUUUUCUGAACACACAUCAUAUAAAUACAUAAGUGUCAUUAAAAUAAUGUGUGAAAAAUAUCGAAAUUCAUUUUUUUUCAAUCAAAAAUAUUUAUCAAUAAGAAAUUAUUUAAUAAUUUUCCAAUAAGAAGAAGAAAUAUUGGUGACGAUUAAAAAGUAAAAUUCUAGAAUGUUUCAUGUAUGGACAUAUCAUCGUAAAUUUAAAGGGAAUCUAACCUCAAACAACAAAAAGAAUUUUCUCUAAAUUUUCAAGUCCAAAGUUUGUUUUUUGUUUCUUGUGAAUUUGUUCUUUACAAAUGGGCAAAAUGUAUACAUUCAAGCCAUUUGUGUUUAUGAAUCAUAAAGCAAAAAGUUGUGAGAAACCAAAAGCGCGUAGUGGCCAUAGAAUUGUUUGUGACGAGUAUAAUUUAUAUUCGUACGGUGGUUUUAAUCCAAGUAUCACUAAUGACGAUCCAGAUAUGCAAAAUGAUCACACAUGGACUGAGAGUAGGCCAUUAUUUAAGGAAUUGUGGAAAUUUAGUCUCGCAACGCAACAAUGGAAACGUUUACCAGGUCGGGAGAGAAUGCCAAAUGAAUUAGCAUCAAAUGCUGUUGUUUUGAAAGGUAAUACACUGUUGGUUUAUGGCGGUACGGGUGUACCAUUUGGCGAGAGUUGUAGCAAUCAACUUUAUAGUUGUAAUAUUAACGAUGGGGAAAUGUUGAUUGUGAAUGCGACGGGAGAUUUUCCUGAACCACAAUAUGGACAGGCGGUGAUAUGCGAUGGACCGUUUCUUUACACGGUUGGCGGUACGAGUGGUUAUGAAUAUACCUGUGAUAUUCAUCGUUUUGAUUUGAGAACGAAAUCGUGGGAGGCUGUUUAUAUUUGCGCUGGUCGUGAUCCACAUGAGCCGAAGGGAAGAUACAGGCAUGAACUUGCAUUCGAUGGUAAAAGGAUUUACGUUCUUGGUGGUGGCACCGCAAUGGAGGCUUAUGGUUUUAUUGAAAUCCCGGCGUACGAUUUGAAGACCAAUAGAUGGAUGACUCUGAACACUUUGGGGGAUCCGAAUUCAAGGAGUGAUAACGAUCAGAGUACAAAUGAAGUUCCACGACCAAGACGUUGUCACGGAUCUGUUCAAUAUACGGAUGAAAAUACAGGUGUGACGACUGUGGUAAUAUCAGGUGGUUACAAUGGAUCGCAGGUGUUCAAUGACAUUUGGAAGUUGGAUUUGAAAUUGCUGCAGUGGACCCGAUUGAAUCAAUGCAAAUUACCGCGACCGGUUUAUUUUCAUUCUACGGCUCUGACUCCGGUUGGACGCAUGUACGCUUUUGGGGGGAUUAUUCGAAAACGUGACGAGGCGGAGAGAACCGAUGCUGUACUCUCAGUUUGGCUGACAAUUCCAAAAUUAUCAGAAAUUUGCUGGGAGGCAAUAAACUACUAUUAUCCAAAUUUACAAUAUCACACAGCUGACGAUUUAUUGAGAGUUGGAAUCCCAAUGAAAUAUGUUCGCAGAUUGGACAAUGAUUGUAAUACUCACAUUGAACGACAAUCGGAUUGGGUAAAAUUUUAGCCAAAAAUUAUAGAUCUUAAUAGGUGCUAUUAGUUACUGUUAUAAAAUUUGUUUCUUUCAAAAGAAAAAAAGAAGAAGAAAUAUAUAUCUGUUUAAAAAAAAAAUUUAUUUCAUUCUGAAACAAAUUUUAAUUUUUCUUACGGUGUGUUGCACCCAAAAAAAAAAUAUUUUCUUAUAAGUUUAUUUAUGUUUUUCGACACAAACGAUAUUUUAUUUUGUUUUUUUUUUUUGUCUUAAAUAGUUGAUUAAUAAAUAACUGCCAUUCUUUAAUUUUGCCUGCUAUAAAGUUUAUGCGAUAAUGUGGGCAUUAUGGGAGAAAUAAUUAUAUAUAUUUAUAUUAUAAUUUCACAACUUAAAUUUUGUUAUUUAAAAAAAAAUAUUUAACAAUCGUAAUAAUAAAUUUUAUUACGAUAUAAGAAUGUAUGUGAUGAAAAUGUGAUCCUCGUAAUAAAUUUAAAGAAAAGAACAAUUUAGAAAAAAAUAUAAAAGAAAAUGUAAUUAAAAAAAUUUUAAAAAAUGUUUCUUUUUUCUCUUUAGAAAGAAUAAAAUUUCUUUCGUAAUAGCCUGCAAAUGAAUAUUUACGUAAACUUUGAUUUCUUUUUGACGUAGCAUUAUUAUUGUAUUGUGUAUAGUCAUUAUUUAAAGUAUAUAAAACAAUUCCACCAAUGCACACUUA